UCGUCUUCCUCUUGGAAGUUACACAUUAUGUAAUUUCCAUCCAAGAAAAAAAACAAGAUAUGGCAAUUCUCCUAACGAACACCAUGAGACAUUUCACCCACCCAAAACAUCCAAUAACACUACAUGAUGAUACCAUUAACCCUAAAUAUUUGUGUGAGGGUUGCAUGACCUAUGGCUCAGGAAAAAGAUAUUACUGCCAUGAUUGCACCUUUAACCUGCAUGAAUACUGUGCGACAUGUCCACGAAAUCUCUCAUCUUUCAUGCAUCCCCACCAUUCACUCACGCUCGUUGGACGCGAUCACCUGCCUGAUCGCGUCUGCAAAGUCUGUUGCGACCCUAUCGAAGGCCUAUCUUAUAGGUGUGAGCUUUGUGAAUUCAACGUCCACCCUAUAUGUACUCUCUUGCCGGACACACUCAAACAUAUCCUACAUCAGCGGCAUCCCUUAAGGCUUUUGGGCUCAUCUCAACCAGCUGGAAAUUGUGCUGUUUGUAGAGAAGCAUGUGAUGCUUCUUCAUGGCGUUAUAGGUGUGCACUAUGUGAAUUUGAUAUUCAUAUAGGUUGUGUGACAGUACAAUGUAUAAAUACAUCGCCCCAUCGAGGAAUUCCUACGUACGUUUCACCGUAUGUAUUUCCUCAGCAACAGUAUUCUGGUGGUUAUGCUUAUUGGAAUCCUAGCCCCAACACUUUUCCUGGUCCAUCUAAUAUGCAUCAUUAUAACUACAAUAUGCCCCAACCACAACUCCACCAACAACAUCAAGGUCCCGGACAAGCGCAAACUCAUAAUGGUGGAAGUGGUGGAGGAAUUGGGCAAGUAAUGUUUAAUCUGGUGAAAGCAAUUGGAAUUGGGGUGGUUUCCAAUAUGAUAUUUGGGGUGGAUGUGUCUCCAUUGUUUGCAUGUUGAUAUAAAUGCACUUCAUCCUCAGCUAUGGUUCUCGAAGACAUACUAGGAUAAUUGCGGGAUCUCUGAAGAUGAGUGCACCAACAAAGGAUAGUUUACUACUCAACCACCCAUGUACAAUGAACAGUAUUAUAGUUGGUGAAAAGCAAGAACGAAAGAGUUUUUGACUCUAGAGGAUUAUGAUUUGUGGAACUUCAUGAUAAGAGGAUCACUGGCCCCAGUGAAGGGAGAUGUCGCAAAGGAGCCUGCAUAAUUCAUAAUUGUAGACCACAAAUUGAUAGAGAAAAAUGCCAAGACAAAAAAGAUCCUCAUAUGCGGCCUUGCUCCUGAUAAGUACAAUUAAUCAAGUAUCUUCCAGCUCAACUGCAAAGCAACUCUGGGACGUAUGAUUAAUUGCACACGCAUUUUGAUGUGGAUAUUAUCAUCAAUUCAGAGGCAUUUUAAGGCUUUUGAGGUCGUCUCAGCCAACUGGUAUCUGUGUUGUUUGUAAAUUGUAGAGAAGCACAUGUGAUGCUUCUUUGUGGCGCUAUAGGUGUGCACUGUGUGGAUUUGGCAUUCAUAUAAGUUGUGUGCCAGUACAAAUAUGUGGAAAAAAAAAAAACGACCCACUGAGGAAUCCCUGUAUAUAUAUGUUCCACUCUCUGUAUUCCCUUACCCAGUAUUUUGGUGGUUAUGAUUAUGGGAUCGGUACUCUAAAUUGUAAUCCUAGUCCCAAUACAUAAGCAUGGUUAACAGUUAAAGUUA